UGUCCCCCCCAUGCCCACAGGGGCUACCAGGCACCGGUUCUGUGAGCUGUAGCGCAGGCCCACUGUCGGAUGGAGAGAUGCCAGAGAGCUGGAACGCCUCCUCCAACAGCCUGGAGGUGCGUGCUGCAGGCAUCAUCGUGCCCGUCGUCUUCUCUCUCAUCUUCCUCCUGGGCACAGUGGGGAAUGGGCUGGUGCUGGCCGUGCUGCUGCGCAACGGACAGGCCACCAUCUACACGCUGGACGGGUGGCUCUUCGGCCGCUUCGCCUGCAAGGCCGUGCACUUCCUCAUCUAUCUCACCAUGUACGCCAGCAGCUUCACCCUGGCAGCUGUCUCUGUCGACAGGUACCUGGCCAUUCGCUACCCGCUGAAAUCUCGGGAUCUCCGGACCUCCCGGAACGCAGCUGUCGCCAUCAUAGUGAUCUGGACCCUAUCACUGCUCUUUGCAGGGCCCUACCUCAGCUACUACCAGAUUGUCCACUACCACGGGGUGCCCAUCUGCAUCCCCAUUUGGGAGGACCAACGCCGGAAGAUCCUGGACAUCCUCACUUUUGUGUUUGGAUACCUCCUGCCCGUGGUUGUUGUGAGCUUGGCUUAUGCCAGGACCAUCAAGUUCCUGUGGACCUCCGUAGACCCCAUCGAGAGAAUCUCAGAGUCCCGUAAAGCCAAGCGCAAGGUCACCAAGAUGAUUGUGGCUGUGGCUAUACUCUUUUGCCUCUGCUGGUUGCCUCACCACUUGGUCAUCCUAUGUUUCUGGUUUGGUCACUUCCCAUUCAACCGAGCCACCUAUGCCUGUCGCCUGGCCUCCCAUUGCCUGUCGUAUGCCAAUUCCUGCCUCAACCCCAUCGUCUAUGCCCUCAUUUCUAAGCAUUUCCGCAAGAAGUUCAAGCAGGUCUUCACUUGCCUCCUCUUCCAGAACAGGAGCAGGAAGAAGAGAGCGGGCAAUAAAAUCCAUGUGACCAAUGUGGCCAGCGGCUUAAUCAACAAUGCUGCAGGUGUGUAUGGAGGGAACACUGAGGUCACCCAGGUCCAGGAAGAGAAUGCCAAGUGCGGCCAGGUCCCACUGCGGAAAGAUGCUGACGACACCCAUCUUCCCGAGGUAUGGGCACAUCAGCUACAGGACGCCACUAUCUCUGCUCAGACAGGACUGCUGGCUGAAGAAAGUUCUGUAACAACUGGCAACCCACUGGCUAUGACCUCACCAGGAAGAUCUCAGGGCCUGCUGACUGUCCACUGCAGAUAAUAUAAACCAAGAGGAGAAACUCUUAAUGAGGGAGCCACCCUUCCGCCCCUGCAUCUGCGAGCUGAUGGAACGCUGUAGCCACUAGGAAACUGCACUGCAGCGAUGGCUCACCUUAACAGUGUCAGCCGUGGCUUCUUUCUGAUCGUUCCCUUCUCAGGCACUUACCUGAGUCAUUCUUGUGGGAGCAGCGGAAUCCACCAAUGGAAAUUCAGAAAGUAGGAGCAUGCAAAUGUAAAAAUAAGAGAAAUAGGAGAACCAGAUGCUGCAUUAUCACUGGGAAAAGGACUGGAUUCCCACUGCUCUGGGCACUGUAUUGAAAGGAUGUGGCAAGGAAAAGAGGAAGGAGUUUUAUCACCGUGUACAGUAUGAUACCACACCAUUCACUAUGUGAUCUAGUGUAAGGCACUGCCCACAUAUUGGGGUGCAAGGAUCUGAACUUCCCUCUUGAGAUUAACCAGAGUGUCAGGUCACCCUACCCUUUGAUAAGCUCUCUGCAUAUGUCUGUGGUUUGCAAUCUGCCAGGAAAUAUUUCCCCUCACAUUUAAGCCUACAUUUUCAAUUCUAGGCUUAAUUGUGUAGGGGGAGUACCCUCUGGGUGACUAUGUGGGUGGCAAUUCAUUUUGCAUCGCUGCUUCUACUGGAAAAUUGAGAUAAACAACAUUAACAUACCCCAUUUGAAAACACAGGCUGUAGCCUAGGUACAGACUCCGUGGGUGCUCCAGGGCCGGAGCACUCACAGGGAAAAAUUAGCAGGUGCUCAUCACCCACUGGCAGCCUAACACCCCCUCCCUCCAGUGCAUCUCACUGGCCAGCAGCCUCACUGACCAACUCUUCCUGCUCCCAGUGUCUCCUGAACAGCUGUUUUGCCGUGUUCUUGGUGUUCCGGGGAGGGAGAGGGGGGAAGAGCAGGGACACAGCUAACUGAGGGAAGGAGGAAGGAUGGGGGUGGGAAGAGGUGGGACAUGGGGUUGGGGGAAGAGGUGGAAUUGGAGCAGGGGUGGGAAGAGGUGCGGUGAGAGCUUGGGAGAAAGGGUAGAGUGAGGGCGGAGAGGGGGUUGAGUACCCCCUGGCUAGAGGGGAAGUCGGCACCUAUGGGAAGGGCAUUAUCUCAGUCUCCACACUCCCCUAGGGGCAGCCCUGGCUGUGUGCAAAGAGAGUUAGUGAUUUAAUUUGGGCUAGGUAUGGGAAUACUUUGUGUGUGUGUGUGCACACACAAACCCUCCAUCCCUGGAAAAACUGGGGCAAUGUGUCUGAUGUUACAAGCAGUGAAAUUUCUUCCCUGCCUGUGUAUCGUCUCUAUUCUAGUGAUAGAAAUGUAGCCGUGUUAGUCUGGUGUAGCUGAAACAAAAUACAGGACUAUGUAGAACUUUAAAGACUAAUAAACCAUCCUGUUAGUGCUACAUAGUCCUGUAUUUUGUUUCUCUAUUCUAGUAAUUCCCAGCAGGUGUAGGCCAUGCUCCAGUGCUAAUCCUCCUUCCCCAGCAAUGGCAUUCUGUAACAGAGAGGCCUUGUUUGCAGUUCCAGCCCAAAACCCCAACUGCAAGGAAGCCAGCAGUGCACAUCAGUAAUUUAUUUAUAUUAAUUCUAUCACAGUCACUAUUAUUAAAAUGAUUUAUUUUAUAUCCAGUAAAAAGAUGGAAAACUAGGUUUUAUUACGUCUCAGUGUCCCCUCCCACACGUGCUGCUAGACUUAUAGAAGUUUGAGAUGGAAAAGCUCUGUUGAUUUAUUAAAUCAUUCUCUUCCCUCCACAAGGACCAAAUACGGUUAUUACCCACAGGACACUUCCUAAGGCUUUGUCCAGUCUAAUUUUACACAUCCCAAGCAAUGGAGCUUCCACCUCUUCUCCUGGGACUCUUACUAAGGCUAGUACAUCUUACCAUCAGUGUUUCCUGAUAUGUGUCCUUGGUUCCUUUCUAAAUUCAUCCCAUCAUUCCUAGCAACACCUCUUUGUUCCACCCUAAAUAAUUCCUCUGAUUCUUUGGUGUUUACACCGUACAAAUAGCUAAGAGUCUAUUGAGUUUUCCUUCCCUUGAUUGCUGUUUAGCUAGAUGUAAUUCCCUCCAGGCCUUCUCUGACCUGCAUCCAAUUUGUCAGUAUUUCAGGGGCACUUUGAUUCCCAGAAUUCAGUGCAGUGUUCCUAGUUUGAUCUUGCCACUGUGAGCCACAAAAACCACUGUCUCUUCCCUCCCUCAUGAUCUGAUGCCGAAAGAUCUAUUGAGGGGUGGUGUCCACUCCCCACAGCCAGCCAGAGCAAAGGGCUGCAUGGGUCCUACUUCCUACCUUGCCCUGUUGUGUGCUUACACUGCUCUCUUUGCAAGCACAUUAGAUGCUCUGUGGAGUGACUUCUGGCAUAAAGGUGAAGCACCUGUCACUCAGUGAUGUUAUAGACUUGUCUGGGGGGGGGUCUUGUUUUUCCAGAGGCUCUACUGGUCAGCCAGUCUAACAUAUCCCAAGCUGCUCCUUGCCCCUUGUGCACAAUGGGAGGAGUAGUCAACACUGGAGGACUGAAGGAGGCUGCAAAGUUUGCUGGCAAGAUGAGGCUAUAGGCAAGAAAGGGUGACUUGGUCCUGAUCAGGCUGUGGGGAGAAGACAGCAAGCAACUGCACCCGUGCCAGCAAAGCAGGCUUAGUUUAAUCAUUACUCCCUGUUACUGUCCUAAUCCUCCUUUGUCUUCGUGGAAAUCUCGAGUGGCUGCAAGGCGCGUGUGGGAACUAGACUGGCUAGUGGGAUGGAAUGAUGAGGGAGAUCUGCCUUAAGAAAUGGGCCUCUCUGAUACCGUAUUUUCCGGCGUAUAAGAUGACUGGGUGUAUAAGACGACCCCCUAAUUUUCCAGUUAAAACAUAGGUUUUGGCCUAUACUCGCCGGAUAAGACUACCCCGCCUUCUGAGGCAACACCAUUUAAUAAGAUCAGAUUUGAUUUAAAUAAUUUUAAUUAAAAUGGUUUUGACUUGCAGGUGCUUAAAAUCCUUCAAAAUCCUCAUCAUGUUCAUCCUCUGACAUCAUAAGUUCAUCAAUGACAUCUUGUGGUACAUUUGUAAGACAGUCAUCAUAUGGAUCUAAUUCCGAAUCAGAUGGUGUGGCUUCAGCUUUGGCUUCCCCUUCAUCUUGCCACAAGAAGUCGUCCUCCAUACCAUCCAAAGAAUUUGAUAUGCCACGCUUCUUGAAAGACUUGAUUACUGUUUCUGCACCAAUAUCAUUCCAGGCUUUUAUGACAAAGUUACACAAAACAUCCAAUUGUGGCGCACGCAUGUUUCCUCCUUUUGUGAAUGACUUUUCGCCGCUAACCUUCCACUCAUUCCACUGUUCUCGAAUGCGAUCUUUAAAUGACUUGUUUAGGCACACAUCCAGUGGCUGUACCAAUGAUGUCAAUCCUGCAGGAAUAACUGCCGCAUCUGUGUUUAUUCUUGCCAGCCUUUUCUUUGUGCUGGUAGUUAAAUGAGCCCUGAACAUAUCCCACACCAGUAGGCUACGU